CCUCAGGUUUAAACCACUGACUGCAGCAUUAUAUUUCAGUGUACAUCCCCCCCACUCUCUCUCUCUCUCUCUCUCGCUGGCGUCAUUGCGGGUGGACUUGGCCUCCUCAUCUGACAAGGAACAGCACUGCUUUCGCUCACUGUGUCUGAGUUUGCUCAAGACUCCCAGUAGCUCUCAGUUUUCCCUAUUAUUCUCCCUCUGGUGAAAGACACUCAGCACACAAACGGCAACAUGGAGGCCAUAAAGAAGAAGAUGCAGAUGCUGAAGUUGGACAAGGAGAACGCCAUUGACCGAGCCGAGCAGGCCGAAACUGAUAAGAAGGCAGCAGAAGACAAGUGCAAACAGCUAGAAGAUGAGUUGCUUGGUUUGCUGAAGAAACUGAAGGGAACUGAAGAUGAACUGGAUAAAUAUUCAGAAGCUCUCAAAGAAGCUCAGGAGAAACUGGAGUUAUCUGAGAAAAAGGCGACAGAUGCAGAAGGUGAUGUUGCCGCUCUGAACCGCAGAAUCCAGCUAGUUGAAGAGGAACUGGAUCGAGCUCAGGAGAGACUGGCUACGGCUCUACAGAAACUAGAGGAAGCAGAGAAAUCAGCGGAUGAGAGCGAGAGAGGAAUAAAGGUUAUUGAGAAUCGUGCGAUGAAAGACGAAGAAAAGAUGGAAAUCCAGGAAAUGCAACUGAAAGAAGCCAAACACAUCGCUGAAGAGGCAGACCGCAAAUACGAGGAGGUGGCUCGUAAACUGGUGAUUUUGGAGGGUGAAUUGGAGAGAGCAGAAGAGAGAGCGGAGAUUUCUGAAUUAAAAGGCGGAGAUAUGGAAGAAGAACUGAAAAAUGUAACUAAUAACCUAAAAUCUUUAGAAGCCCAAUCAGACAAGUAUUCAGAGAAAGAGGACAAAUAUGAAGAGGAAAUCAAAGUUCUCACUGAUAAACUGAAAGAGACUGAGACGCGUGCUGAGUUUGCAGAAAGAACGGUGGCCAAACUGGAAAAGACCAUCGAUGACCUGGAAGAGUGUCUCGCUCAGGCAAAACAGCAGAAUCUGGAGAUGAAUCAAGUUCUGGAUCAAACACUUCAAGAGCUCAACAGCUUGUGAACCUACAAGAGAAAUCCACAUGAGGAACCAUUUCAGUCGUCAAUCAUUCCAACAGUGUUUUAUGUUUCAAUGUUUUGUGUUUAUGUUUAGCAUGUUAAAAGUUAUGUCAGUUCUGACUAUCGUGUUCUAUGUUUUUGCAUCGUUUCCUAAUGAUUUCUAUAUGCACCUAUAUUGUUCAUUAAAUAAAGUCCUGUGCCUUUAAUUUGUCUAGUUUACAGGAAUGUUCCGGGUUAAAUACAAGUUAAUCACUAUCGACAGCAUCUGUAGCAUGAGUUUAAGUUAACCCAGAAGAUUCCUUUGGUUUUAGUACAAUGCUCUUUUUUUAUUACUAGAUUAAUAUUUCAAGUUUAUUUGCCAUUAUUGCAUGUAAAUAAAUUCCCUUUUUAGAACUACAGGUGCAUCCCAAAAAGAAUCGUCUGUCGUGGAAAUGUUACUUUUUUCCCGUAAUUUAAUUCCGAAGUGGAACUUUCGUAUAUUCUAGACUCAUUACACAUAGAGUGAAAUAUUUCAAGCCUUUUUGUGUUGUAAUCUUGAUGAUUACGGCUUCAAUAAUCCAGUAUCUCAAAAUGUGAGUUAUUUUAUGCACUCAAUACUUGGUCGAGGCUCCUUUUGCACGAUUGACUGCAUCAGUACGCCGUGGCAUGGAGGCAAUCGGCCUGGCGCUGCUGAGGUGUUAUGGAAGCCCAGGUUGCUUUGAUAGCGGCCUUCAGCUCGUCUGAAUUUUUGGGUCUGGUGUCUCUUAAUUUCCUCUUGACAAUACCCCAAAGAUUCUCGGUGGAGUUCAGAUCAGGCGAGUUGGCCGGCCAAUCAAGCACAGUAAUACCAUGGUCAGCAAACCAGUUACUAGUAGUUUGGGCACUGUGUACUCAUUUUGAUGUUAUGGAAAUGUAUGAGAACGUAUAAAAAAAAGAUUGUGAAGAUUAACGGGGGUUAUGUAGCAGAACAUAUGGAUUUUAUUGACUUUUCAUAAAUAGCCAGGGUUGGGAGGGUUACUUUUGAAAUGUAUUCCACUACAGAUUACAGAAUACAUGCUGUAAAAUGUAAUUUGUUACAUAUUCCAUUAGAAUACUCAAGGUCAGUAACGUAAUUAAAUAAUUUGGAUAAUUCUCUUAUAUAUAUAUAUAUAUAUAUAUUUAUAUAUAUAUAUAUACAUAUAUAAAAGCCUAAAUAUCUAAUGCAGUUUUGCAUCAAUGUUAACCAUUUUUGCUACUCAAAAAUGCAAAUGCAAAACCCCACAGAGCAGUACCGCCGCUCUCUAUACCCAGAUUACGCAGUCUGCGUAGGGAACCAACUCCCUAGGGGGCACCAUCUUACCCUAGGGGGCACCAUUUUACCCUAGGGGGGCACCAGAAACUCCACCGGCUGUCGUUACUCGCACGUAACACGUCAUUCAAGGACCCGAAAGCAGCCGCUGAACACUUCGCGCUCGCAUCACACCAACCCCCACGCUUGCAUCGCACACACAGAAAGUUUCUCAAUGACGUCAUAACCACAUUUUCACUUACUUGCAUGAAUCAUAACACAUCAUAAGAAAGUGUUUCACCGCUGUUCAAAUGCUGCUCAGAUCGCAUCAUUUAUCUGGAUAAAUGUUUUCCAUCUGAAUAAUCUACACAUUAAAUGAAACAAAUGACAAUAAAAUGCAAAGUAAUCUCUUAAGUAAUCAAAUUACAUUUUGAAUGUAACUGUAUUCUGAUUACAACUAUUUAAAUUGGAACUGUAGUGGAAUACAGUUACUAAUAUUUUGUAUUUUAAAUACGUAAUCUUGUUAAAUGUAUUCCAUUACUCACCAACCUUGUAAAUAUCCCAUACAUAAAUCUAUUUUUCAUUUAUUUGAACCAUUUGUAUGCCUGUGUUUUUUUAUUAUAAUCUACUGUAUUUUAAACCAUAUACAUUUUUACAGAUUUGCACCGUUUUUAAAAUCCAUAAGAUUUACAAUAAAUGUAAUAGUAAGUAUUUCGUAUUUAGGAAGUAUUAAAAGGAAGAAUCAUUAUCUAACCCUCAUGCAAUCCCAAUUUGAAUGUCCAAGAAGCACAUAAAGGCAGCAUAAAAGUAAUCUCAGUGGUUUAAUCCAUGUCUGCAGAAGCAAUAUGACAGGUGUGAGUGUGAAACCGAACAAUAUUUAAGUUCUUUAUUACUUAUUCUCCUCCUUGCCCAGUAGGUGGCAAUAUCUUUCUCACCCACACCUAUCAUAUCACUUCUGAAGACAUGGAUUAAACCACUAGAGUCUUAUGGAUUACUUUUAUGCUGCCUUUAUGUGCUUUUUGGACCUUCAAAUUUCUGGCUACCACUCGAAAUAUUUUUCUAAAAAAAUCUUUGUUUGUGUUCAGCAGAAGAAAGAAAGUCAUACACAUCUAGGAUAACAUGAGGGUGAGUAAACAAUGAGAGCAUUUUCAUUUUUUGGUGAACUGUCCCUUUAAGCCUUUAUUUCAGUACAUGCUAGGCUGAACAAUAUUUACAUUUGGUUUUGAAAACUUCAUUAUGUGCUAAAACCUGGAGCUUAUGGGCUC